GCUUAAAUUUAUAAACAUUUAUUAUUUGUCUGUCAGCUGAAAAGUAAGCAGCUUUUAGUUUCAAUUUAGUUCCGAUGAUUUGAUAGAAAGGAAGUAGAGAAAUUAAAAGUGAAUAUAUGAUAAGAAAUUUUAGUUGUUUAUAAUCUAGGUAAUAAAGAUAUUAGAUAGUCGAACUGGAAAGAAAAUCAAACAAAAACAUAAUAAAGCUUCUGUGGGCCUGACUGAUCCAAAGCUUUUCCCAGAAAGUAAACCACAUUGAUUUUAAUAUAAAUACAAGAAGUUUGGAAGGAAACUUGCACAAUUCAAAAAAACCAUGCGUUUAAAACUAAUAGUAUUAAUAUUGUUCACACUCUAUCAAUGUGGGUCGGGUGUUGACAAAUCAACUUUCAAAACCUGCUCUCAAAGUAGUUUUUGCAGACGAACUCGAAAAGAUUUACCGGGAAGCUCAAAAUUCGCCGUUCUACCGGAAACACUGAAGACAUCGGAUAAUUUCGUGGAACUCGAUUUGAUCAACAAGGCAAAUGAUCAUUUGUUCAUUCUGAAACUUGAAGCCUUAGAGGAUAACAAGUUUCGAGUUCAAAUAGACGAAAAGAAUCCAUUGAAACCCCGCCACAGGGUAACAGAUGUUCUCCAGGACUCAGUGAAAAGUGGAAAUAUAAACGUUGAUACCCAAGAUGGACCCGAAAUUGUCUUUUCCUGGGGAGAAAACAAAGCCGUUCUCACAAAUGAACCUUUCCGAAUUGACUUCUAUCAGAAGGAUGUUCUAUCGGUGUCCGUUAAUGCCAAGCGAUUAAUGCGUUUCGAACAUAUUCGUCGAAAAUCAGAUGGCGAACCUACCGAAGAUCCUGAAGAAUGGGAGGAGAUGUUUGGUGAAUUUCUGGAUUCGAAGCCAAACGGACCAGAAGCCAUUGCCUUGGAUUUCUCUUUCCCUCAAGCCGAUGUUCUUUUCGGAAUACCUCAGCAUGCUGAAACUUUCGUUUUGAAGUCAACCGAAGGCGAUGAUCCCUACCGAUUGUAUAACUUGGAUGUGGCUUAUUAUGAGCUUGAAAGUAAAAUGUCGUUAUAUGGUGCUGUUCCAGUUAUUUAUGGUCAUGGAGCGGAACGAUCAGCGGGAGUGUUUUGGCAUAAUGCUGCUGAAACAUGGGUUGAUAUUUGGGAUUCUAAUAAGAAAGGUGUUUCAUCUGUUCUUGACCUUCUAACUGAACCUCGUGCGUCUGAACCCCCAGCAGCUCGUUUCAUAUCAGAAAGUGGUAUUGUUGACGCUUUUAUUUUGCUUGGACCAACUCCACUGGAUGCCUUCAAACAAUACACAGAUCUUACGGGAUCUGCCAAUUUGCCACAACUCUUUACGCUUGCCUACCAUCAGUGUCGCUGGAACUAUGACAACUCGAGUGAUGUCAUGGAUGUUGCUGCUAAUUACGAUAACUACGAUAUUCCCCUAGACACUAUGUGGCUUGAUAUCGAAUACACAGAUGAAAAGAAGUACUUCACAUGGGAUCUACAGAACUUCCCCGAUCCCUUGGCUAUGAUCAAGAACUUGACAGAUUCCAAUCGCCAUCUCACAAUAAUUAUUGAUCCCCAUUACAAGCGAGAUGAUUCCUACUUCUUCCAUCGGGAAUGCGAGAAAAUGGGUUAUUAUACAAAGAAUGUGACAAACAAAGACUAUGAGGGAUCCUGCUGGCCAGGACCAGCUAGUUAUCCUGAUUUCUUCAAUCCUACUGUUCGUUCAUACUAUGCUCAACAGUUCCCCGUGGACAAAUUCAAGACAACCACGAAGGAUGUAAUGAUCUGGAAUGACAUGAAUGAACCAUCUGUUUUCAAUGGUCCCGAAAAGACUAUGCCCAAGGACAAUAUCCAUUAUGGCGGCUGGGAACAUCGUGAUGUACAUAAUAUGUUUGGCCACAUGCAAGUUAUGGGAACUUUCCAAGGCAUGAUUGAGCGUGAUCCGAAUCAGAGGCCUUUCAUUCUGACACGAUCACAUUUUGCUGGAUCACAGAAGUAUGCAAUUGUCUGGAUGGGAGAUAAUACGGCUGCGUGGGGACAUUUGAAGAACUCCAUUAAAAUGUGUCUCUCUGAAGCGGUGGCAGGAUUUUCCUUCUGUGGAUCGGAUGUUGGCGGAUUCUUUGACAAUCCCGAACCGGAAUUGGUUGAACGUUGGUAUCAGACGGGAACAUAUACUCCAUUUUUCAGAGCCCACGCUAAUCAAGAUACCAAACGCAGAGAACCAUGGUUAUUCCCUGAGAAGACCCGUUUGGUAAUUCGCGAUGCUGUUCGAAAGCGCUAUAGCUACCUUCCAAUGUGGUAUACAAUGUUCUAUGAGCAUGAGAAAUAUGGUCUGCCAGUUAUGAGGCCUCUCUUAGCCCAUUACCCCAAGGAUAAGGAAUCGUAUAGAAUCGACACUCAGUUCAUGCUCCACGAUCUUCUGCUGAUUUGUCCUGUGAUGGAUGAAGGAGCCACUAAAAUUGAAGUAUACUUCCCGUCGAAGGAUGGUCAAAAAGAUGGUGAUGUUUGGUUCGAUACAGACAACUUCCAGAAAUACGACAAAGUUGGUUAUGAAACUAUUCAAGUCGAUUAUAAGAAGACUCCAGCUUAUCAGCGAGGAGGUACAAUAAUUCCCAAGAAGGAGAACAUUCGUCGAACAUCCACUCUCAUGAAGGACGAUCCAUAUACCUUGGUUGUGUGUUUAGACAAGAAUGGAUCAUCUAAGGGAACUUUGUACAUUGACGAUGAGAAAUCUUAUGAAUAUCGCAAGGGCAAAUAUAUCUAUGAACAAUUUGAGUUCAAGGAUAACGCCUUGAAGAAUUCGUUUGCAACAACGCCCGACUAUGACACUCCUUCGACUUUAGAACGAGUUAUCAUUGCUGGCUUGGAGAAGACUCCAAAAUCUGCAACAAUUGAGUAUGACGGAAAAUCACAGGAAUUAAAGGUUGUUUCACAUGAGCAAGCUGUAGCAAUUGAGAAUCCCGGAGUGAAUAUAGCAAAGGAAUUUGUGAUUAAACUGAACUAUUGAAAAGAAAACAUAGAUAAUGGAAGCUUUAAUAAAACUUGACUGAUUUACUUACUAACUUUAAAA